AUGGCUAUAUGUAAAUGGAUUGGAUAUCCUAAUCUAUUCAUCACAUUUACAUGUAAUCCAAAGUGGCCUGAGAUUGUUAGAUAUGUUGAAAAACGAGGAUUGAAACCGGAAGAUCGCCCUGAUAUUAUUUGUCGGGUUUUCAAAAUGAAGUUGAAUAAUUUGAUUAAUGAUCUAUGUAAAGAGAAAAUAUUCGGCAUUGUGAGAGCAGUUGUAUACACUAUUGAAUUUCAAAAAAGAGGACUUCCACAUGCACAUAUUCUGCUCUUCUUUUGGAAUGAAGAUAGAAAUCCUUCACCAGAUAAUAUCAACGAAAUUAUUUCAGCUGAAAUACCGGACAUGGAUUUAGAUCCAAAGUAUUAUACAGCUGUACAUGAUUUCAUGCUUCAUGGUCCAUGUGGAGUAGCAAAUAAAAAUUCGUCUUGCAUGGCAAAUGGUCGUUGCACAAAAUAUUUUCCCAAAAAAUAUGUUGAGACAACGAGUGUUGAUGAAGAUGGUUAUCCAGUAUAUAGGCGUAGAAAUAAUGGGAGAACAAUUCUGAAGAAUGGUGUGCCUUUGGACAAUAGAUAUGUUGUUCCGCACAAUCGUUAUCUUCUAAUGAAGUAUGGAGCACAUAUAAAUGUUGAAUGGUGCAAUCAGUCACGGUCGAUCAAAUAUUUGUUCAAGUAUAUCAACAAAGGAAAUGAUCGUGUUACUGCAUCUUUCUAUAAGAGCACGGAUGAUGGACAUAUGGAAAAGAAUGUGGAUGAAGUGAAUAUGUAUUAUGAUUGCAGAUACAUAUCACCAUGUGAGGUUGCAUGGCGAAUCUUUGGAUUUGAAAUACAGUACAAAGAUCCUCCCGUUGAAAGGUUGAGUUUUCAUCUUCCGAAUGAGCAAAACAUAAUAUUUUCAGAGUCGGAUACAUUAGAUGAGGUUUUGAGUAAACCUACAAUUGGACAAACCAAGUUCUUAAAGUGGUUUGAGGCAAAUAAGAUAUAUCCAGAAGCAAGGAAACUUACAUAUGCAGAAUUCCCAACACGAUUUGUUUGGCACGCAAAGAAAAUAAAUGCAUGGGAACUAAGAAAAGAAAGGUACUCGAUUGGAAGAGUUGUUUAUUUACCUCCUGGGAGUGGAGAAAUGUAUUAUUUGAGAUGUUUACUCAACAUAGUACGUGGACCUACAUGUUAUGCGGACAUAAGAACUGUUAAUGUGAUUGUAUAUGGUUCAUUUAAGGAAGCUUGCUAUGCAAUGGGAUUAUUGAAUGAUGAUAGAGAAUACAUUGAUGGUAUAGUUGAAGCAAGUUGUUGGGCAUCUGCUAAGUCUUUAAGAAUGUUAUUCGUCACAUUAUUGUCGUCCGACUCUUUUGGAAGCGUAGCAGAUGUUUGGAAUGCAUGCUGGAUAUAUUUAUCAGAUGAUAUCUUAUACAAUCAAAGAACUAUGCUGCAUCAUCCAGUAUACAAAUCCAACAGCAACAUCAAUCAAGGUUCUCCACUUGCAGAAUUGAUUGUUAAGUGUAAGCUUAUUAUUUGGGAUGAGGCACCGAUGAUGCACAAGUUUUGUUUUGAAGCAUUGGAUCGAAGUCUACGAGAUAUAAUGCGGUUUGUCAAUCCGUCAAGUGCAUCCACCCCUUUUGGAGGAAAGACAGUUGUGUUCGGGGGUGAUUUCAGACAGAUACUACCUGUUAUACCAAAAGGAAGUAGGCAAGAUAUUGUUUUUGCAACAAUAAAUUCUUCAUAUCUCUGGAGAUAUUGCAAGGUUUUACGGUUGAAAAAAAAUAUGAGGCUUCAAAAUAUGGGCUCCAGUGCUGAAGCUGUGGAGUUGGAAGAGUUCUCUAAAUGGAUUGCGAGUAUAGGCGAUGGAACAAUUGGAAGUGCGAAUGAUGGUAAUGUCAAUAUUGAUAUUCGAACAGAUUUUUUGAUAAAAUGGUCUGAAAAUCCAAUUGAGCACAUAGUUAACACCAUUUAUCCAUCAGAUUGUUCCAAUAAUGUAGAUACAAGUUAUCUACAAGAGAGAGCAAUACUUGCUCCUACUCUUAAUGCUGUUGAAUCUGUAAAUUAA